GGGAACAUUGCAAAGGGAAAGAGAGUCAAGGAUAAAUACACAAGGGGCGAGGCUGGAAGAAAUGCUCCUCUGGGCAACAGCCUAUGAUAGGAAUUGACCGCUUCCUCAACUCGGGUUUUACUGCUGGCGCGUUCUUCUACUCAGCAUCAACCCAAAACGAACAGUACUGUCCCAGCCCCCAUACCCCGGUCACGCCGAUGGCACGCAGAGGUGUUAGAGCGAUAGAGACGAGUUCACCGACGCGAGUGCAGUCACGUCGCCAACACAGUGCCAACCUAUGUGCUUACUUCGACGCAUUUCCCAACAUCCAGGGAUGACAA